UUCAGUAUAAUUGUCUAAAUAAUAAAAUAUCUUAGACAAAAUCACCGCAGAAGGCUAUUAUGUAGUUUAUAGUGAUAGUGAUAGUGAAUUCUCCUUAAUGUAGGAGGUUAUGUUCAAAUUGUCAUCUUUAAAAUAUUUAUAUUUAAACGACAAUAGAAUCAAAGGAAUAAUUAAUAUUCAAAAAUUGAGUAAUUUAACAAGCUUGGAGGAGUUGCAUUUAUCUGGAAAUGAAAUUGAAGGUUUCAAAUUCUCUCAUGGUUUACCCAAUCUGCAAUAUCUUGAUCUGAGUUACAAUCGCAUUAACAACUUACUCUCAUCUCUCAAUGGAUUUCCUUCUCUGAAACAUUUGGAUCUAAGUUAUAAUUCUCUGAAAGGGAUAUUUCACAUGAAAGAAUUGGAUGAUCUGAGUAACUUAGAGGAGCUAGAUUUGAGCGGAAAUCAAAUAAUCAAGUUUGAAGUUAAGGAAGACACAAGAGGUCUAAGCAAGUUAAGCAAACUAACUCUGGAUAACAUGACCACAAAUGGAAGAAGCUCUUUACUGCUACAAUCAUUGGGAGCAUUUCCAUAUCUAAAGAUUCUCUCUUUAAAAGAAAAUGAUUUCAAAGGAAAAAUAUUUGCUCAAGAGUCACAUAAUAUGAACAGCUUGGAAGAAUUGAGACUCGACUAUUCAUCUUUGCGUGAAAUCUCUCUUCAAAGUCUUGGAGCAUUGCCUUCUCUUAAAUUUUUAUCUCUGUGUUUUCUGGAAAGCACCCUACCAGCUCAAGGAUUGCCAAAUUUCAAGAACCUAGAAAUUUUACACAUGAAUUAUUCCUCUAGUAGCAUCGACAUCCUGCAAGUAAUUGCAAAAAUGACCUCUCUUAAGGCUUUAUCAUUAAGGAACUGUGGACUCAAUGGCACUAUACCAGUGGCCUCAGGCAUAUGUGAGUUGAAACAUCUCCAAUUUCUAGAUAUGAGCUCUAAUGAUCUAAAUGGUACAUUGCCUAGGUGCUUGGCAAAUAUGACAUCCCUUGAAAGUUUAGAUGUUUCUGACAAUCAUUUUACUGGAAAAAUCUUCCCCCUUGGUGGAUUGACAUCCAUUCAAUAUUUAAGUCUUUCAAACAAUCACUUUAAAAUCCCGAUUUCAUUUGGUCCAUUCUUCAACCAUACAAAACUCAAGUACUUUUAUGGGAGGGAUAAUGAGGUCUAUUCAGAAAUAAAAGUAUACGAGUCGAUUCCAAAAUUCCAAUUAGAGAGUCUUAUGUUAUCUGGUCUGGGAUACGGUGGAGUCUUUCCCAAAUUCUUCUACUAUCAGCGUAACUUAAAAGAAGUUGAUCUCUCAAAUAAUAAACUGGAGGGAAGCUUUCCAAUUUGGUUGUUAAAGAACAAUACAAAACUAUACAAAACUAGAAAACUUCAUUUUAGCCAAUAA